AUGCGUCUCACUGCCCUCUUCGUCCUCAUGGCCUUCGUCGCCGCACUCCCCGAGCCCGAGCCCCAGGUCAAGACCGUCACGGUGUACCGGACCGUGGCUGCCGCGGCAACGUCGAAGCCCGACACGCCCGACAAGCCCGAGCCCAAGCCUGAGCCCAAGCCCAAGCCCGAGCCCGAGGACGCCGAGCCCACUGACGACGGCGACGAGCCCGAGCCCCCGACCACGCGCCGCACGUCCAAGCCCAAGCCUACGCAGGAGCCUGAGCCCACCAAGCCGGCCCCCAAGCCCGUGACCAAGACGGCUACGGCGACGGCAGACGCGAGCCCGACCGCAAAGGCGAGCGGCACGAAGAGCAAGCCCUCGGGCUCGGGCUCCCGUGCCUCCGGCUCGGGCACAGGCAGCAAGACCAAGCCGCGCUCCAAGCCGACUUCGCGCCCCAGCAGCACCGACUACCGCAUGUGGAAGACCGUGUACCACAACGGCACGGCCGUGUCGUCGUACGUGACCGGCACGCGCCCGCACACCAUCUCGUCGCUCCCCAGCCCGAGCCCCAGCCUGCCCGUCAACGGCAGCCUCAACGCCAACGUCAGCAGCGUGCCCCCGCUCGUGUCGUCCGCCCCGCUGCCCAGCGUCCCGGCCGACACGCCGGCACCGCCCAUCCCCACGCCGACCCUCAGCGCCGCCGCCCUCCCUACCGACUGCGCGCUCGUGCUCGGCGCCGCGGGGCUGCUCAUCGCUGCUGUGGGUGCGUGGUAG